AUGGGGUUACCCACAGACACGUGGGGCGAACUUAUCGUACACAUUAUUGAAACAAAGCUCGAUACUGUCACACUGCGUGCCUGGGAACAGGAUGAAAAAUCGAGGGAAUUCAGUCUAGACGGGUUCACGGAUUUUUUGCAACAGCGAUGCCAAAUAUUAGAGAGAAUCGAGGCUCGAUCAAAAACGAACGAUAGCUCUCGCAAGGUCGACAACGACAAGGCGCAGUCAAAAAAUCGGAAUCACGGUAAGAACAGCUCAAACGAGAAGGUAGCUGCAUUGACGGUCACCGAGGAGGGUGGUCGAUGCCACUUGUGUCGAGGCAACCAUUACAUCUACCAGUGCGACAAAUUUACGUCAUUGGCAAUCGAAGAUCGAAUCAAGGAAGUACAGCGUCUCAAGCUGUGCAUGAAUUGUUUGAGGAACGAUCACUUCGUCAAAUCGUGCAAGAUGGGAUCUUGUCGCGUGUGUUCCAAGAGACACAACACUCUCUGUCAUCGUCCAGCUAUCAACGAGGAGUCAUCCAAGGCGAGUCAGGGGACAGAGGGAGAAGGCAAGGAUUCGAGCAGCAAGGCCAGCAACGUAGUGGUGCAUCACGCUUCGGGCGGUCCCCAAAGGCGCCAUGGCUACGGCGAUGGUCGACGGCGAACUGGUAGCGAAGUAAACUUUAUUACGAAAGCCGCGUGCAAUAAGUUAGGCGUCAAAUUAGAUCGAGCGCAAGAAACUGUAACCGGGAUAAACGAGCGCGAGAGCAAGGUCUUUCAAAGUUGUCACAUAUCGUUGCAAUCGCGACACUCUAAAUUUCGGAUCGAUACCAUUCAUUGUCUAGUCGUACCAACUAUCACUAAACGAUUACCAUCGAUUGAACUCGAUGUACACGCGUUACAAAUUCCUCUCAAUAUCAAGCUAGCUGAUAUCGAAUUUUACAAACCGAGCACGAUUGACGUUUUGCUGGGAGCAGAAUACUUCUUUGACGUCAUGCAGACGGAGAAAAUAGAAUUAGGCGAAAAUCAACCGUCAUUGCGAAACACUAAAUUUGGAUGGGUAAUUGCGGGAAAGUUGUUGCUUGAAAAUUCAACAAGUAUAAGUUGCAAUCACGAGAGCGUUGUGGCAUUAACGUGUUCUCUCGAGCAAAAUGAAACUCUGGACGAAAGUUUGAAACGAUUUUGGGAGAUUGAAAAUGUCGAAUCAAAAACGCAAGCGUUAUCGGUCAAUGAGAAACAAUGCGAGCAAAUCUUCAAGGAAACCGUGACGCGAGACACAAGCGGCCGAUUUAUAGUUAAGCUACCGUUUAAGUCGGAUCCCAGUAAGCUAGGGGUAUCACGCAGCGCCACGCUCAAAAGAUUGGUUCAACUAGAACGGCGGUUCAACAACAACGAGUUAUUGCGAGAACGAUACACACAAUUCAUGAGGGAGUACACUGACCUUGGGCAUAUGUCUUUGGUAAGCGAUACGACGGAAGACGAAAUGCGAAAGCCCUUGUACUUGCCGCAUCACGGAGUCAUUAAAGAAUCGAGCACGAGCACGAAAUUGCGCGUAGUAUUCGAUGCUUCAAACAAAACAAGUACAGGACUAUCGCUCAAUGACGUAUUGCAUGUAGGGCCAACUUUGCAAGCCAAUUUGAUAGAAAUUAUUAUGAGAUUUCGAUGUUACAAUGUCGCGUUAACAGCUGAUCUAAAGAAAAUGUACCGACAGGUACUUGUGCACCCAGACGAUCGAGAUUAUCAGCGCAUAUUGUGGCGAUUUUCUCCUGCUGAUGGAAUAAGCGAGUUUCGCCUCAACACGGUCACGUAUGGUCAAUCGAGCUCAUCAUAUCUAGCUGUAAAAUGCAUGCGAAUACUAGCAGAGCAGGCAUCAGAGAAGUAUCGUGAGGCGGCACGAGUGAUACUCGAUGAGAUGUACGUAGACGAUAUUCUGACAGGAGCCGACGACAUCGUCGGUGCCAUCGAGGUUCAAGGUCAACUCACCGAGCUACUACAAGCAGGCGGAUUCAAGAUCCAUAAGUGGUGCACGAGUCAUCCAGAAAGUUUGAACCACGUAGCUUCGGAGGAUCGGGAGGAGUUGUCCAAGCGAGCGAUCGACGCAAACGAAACAAUUCGUACUCUUGGUCUUGAAUGGGACCCGAAUAGCGAUCUAUUCCAAUUUGCUGUCGGCAAGGCAGAGGCAGCAAAAACUAAGAGACAGAUAUUAUCAGCCAUCAGCAAGAUUUUCGACCCGCUAGGGUUGAUAGGACCCAUUUUGACAGCUGCUAAGGUACUUAUGCAAGAAACUUGGAAACUCGAGUACAAUUGGGACGACACGCUUCCAUUCGCAUUUGUUGAGGAGUGGGAGAAACUCAGGCAAAAUCUAGAUGCCGUUUCACGUAUAUCGAUCCCAAGACGUGUGAUCUCGAGUGAGAGACCCGUUCGUUUAUAUCUUCAAGGAUUUUGCGAUGCCUCUGAACGAGCUUAUGGCGCUUGCGUAUACGUGCAGGUUGAACAUGCAGAAGGAGCGCUCUCCUCACGAUUGUUUUGCUCAAAGUCACGGGUCGCGCCCAUCAAAACAAUGUCAAUACCUCGAUUGGAGUUGAGUAGCGCAUUGCUCCUGUCACGGCUCAUAAUCAACGCAAAAAACAGUCUCAACCGUCAAGUGAACGAGAUUCAAGUAUGGACCGACUCGAAAGUAGCCCUGUGUUGGAUUCAGGGCGAUCCCGCGAGAUGGAAACCUUUCGUCGCUAAUAGAUCGGAGUUGUGGUGGACGGGUCCCCGGUGGCUGCAAGAAAAACGUCCAGCUAUUCAUCUCGAUUCAUCGAAGGAGCCUGCGGAGGAAAUUUUGGAGACUGUUGCGGUCGAAAGGCGCAGUGAGAAACACGCUUACAAGGCUUGUGUUCAAGAAGAACAGGUCGCACAAGAGCUCCUGAAUAAAUUCUCCUCGUUGACGAAGGUCGAACGAGUCAUGGCGUAUUGUGGGCGGUUUUCCUCAAAUGCUCGGAAAAAUAUCACCGAACGAAACUUUGAUCGAUUAUCGGCAGUUGAGUUGCAAGAAGCACAGCUCAAGCUCAUUCAGGGCGAGCAGGCGAUACACUUCACCGAAGAAAUAUCCGCUUUGUCGAAAAACCAGACGUUAUCGUCAUCCAGCAAUCUUAUUCGAUGGCAUCCUUUCUUGGACAAGCGGGGACUCCUCAGGGUGGGCGGUCGCUUACAAAAUUCUGGCUUGUCGUUCGAGCAGCGACACCCAAUCAUCCUUCCGGCAAAGAGCACGUUCUCCCGACUGUUAUUCGAACGUGAACACCGUCGCCUACUUCAUGCGAGCCAACUCUUGUUGCUAUCGACAAUCCGAGAAAAGUACUGGCCAAUCAACGGGCGAAGCAUAGCUCGUCAAGUUUGCCACGCCUGCAUAUGGUGUAGUCGUCACAAACCGAGAGAAACUAUUCAAAUUAUGGGAGCCCUUCCCAACGAAAGAGUUAAGCCGAGUUGGCCCUUCACCUUCACUGGCGUCGAUUUCGCAGGCCCGAUCACAACUCUUGUUAAUAAAGGACGCGGUCGAAAAACCAACAAAUCUUACGUAGCACUAUUCGUUUGUUUCGCGACAAAGGCGAUACACCUCGAAGCAACGAGCGAGUUGUCGACAGCUGCAUUUUUGGCCACGUUUCGGAGAUUCAUCGGUCGACGUGGAAAGCCUCACAUUAUGUACAGCGACAACGGAACGAACUUUGUCGGAGCCCAUCGUGAAAUUCGAGAAAUCUACCAAUUUUUGCAAAAGGAAAUGGACGGCGAGCUUGGAGACACUCUAGCUAACGAGUGCAUCGAUUGGAAAUUUCUUCCGCCUGGUUCACCUCACAUGGGAGGACUCUGGGAAGCCGGCGUGAAAUCUUGCAAAUAUCAUCUCAAGAGAUACAUGGGACAAGCGUUGCUUACAUUCGAGGAGCUAACAACUGUUCUUGUACAAAUUGAAGCUUGCUUAAAUUCAAGACCAAUUUCGGCCUUGUCAAACGAUCCCUGUGACCUGCAGCCUCUUACGCCGGCUCAUUUCCUCGUGGGAGAAUCGUUGGUGGGGCUUCCGGAUCUUGACGCAACAGAGAUUCCUCUAAAUCGAUUACAGCGCUGGCAAUUGACGCAGCGUAUCACGCAAGAUAUUUGGAGAAGAUGGUCGACAGAGUACAUCAGCACUCUGCAAGGUAGAUCAAAAUGGAAUACGAACAAACCGAAUUUGCAGCUAGGGGAUUUGGUUGUAAUCAAGGAUGAGAACCUUCCCCCAAUAAGAUGGAAGAUGGAUCGGAUCGUGGAGCUACAUCCUGGAAGUGACAAACACGUCCGUGUCGUGACCGUUCGCGCUUCUAACGGACGCAUAAAACGCUCGAUCGCGAAGGUGUGCAAGUUGCCCGUGUCGACUACGAUAAAAAAGGAAGAAUCGUCAAAAAAUUAA